AUGGGGUUCAGCUCCGCCUCCGCGGCUGAGAUGGGCCUGAGCAAGACCGAGUAUGAGGACGCCGUCAAUCUUGAGAAGCUGUACUUUCUUGCCAACAGCCACGACCACGCGGGGAAGACCUCAGCGAAGAAGAUCGGGACGGAUCGCUUCACGGCGUUUGAAGUGCAGAAACUCCUUAACAAGUUUGGCGUGCUGUUGUGCCUUUCGGUUUUGGCUGAAGAUGAUAUGUGUGCUUGCUCGGCUAUCAUCUUGCACAUGAUAGUCUCGGCAACAGCAGCAGCAGUACGCGAGACAGCGGAAGCAAACCUCGGAGCUCCUCGUCCCGAGCCCCCGAAAGAAGGAGACGCCACGGCAGAGGGCACUCAAGAAGGAGGGACUCACCUUCUCCUUCCAGCGAAUCCCCGGAGUCUAGUGAUGACUCUCCCCCUAGGUCUUCCUGGGCCUCCUCGAGGUCCCGCGGAAAUCGAGGAGACAAAAGCAGUGGCAGGCGCAAAGGCGCUCCGCAAGAGGACUUCGUUGCAGCCGGAUGGCCACAGCCCAGCAGCAACGUAUGGACGGGGGCCCCCGACACAGGAGCUCAUCAGGGAGGCGUCCCCCAGAGCACGCUUCCCGGAAUGGGGGGCCUUGCAGAUGCCCCAGAUGCCCCAGCAAGGUGCCCCUAUGGGCUCCUUCAUAGACCCCUCCCAGCAGCAGUGGAGAGCGUGUGGGGGACUCCAGCCGCAGCAGCCUAUGCAGCAGUUGCACUCUCUGCCACAGUUACAGCCCCUGCAGCAGCCCAGUAGCUCUUUGUUUGGCAUACAGCCGCAGCAGCAGCCGCAGCAGCAGCAGCAACCGUUCGGAAUGGGAGGCGCCCUGGGCCGUCCUCCGCAGAUGAUGAUGCAGCAGCAGCCGCAGCCGAAUCUCAUGCUGCAGCAACACCAGCAGCCGAACCCUAUGAUGCAGAUGCAGCAGCUGCAACAGCCGCAGCAACAGACAAACCCCUUCGCCAGCAUGAGGGGCCCCCAGCAGCCAGUUGCAAGACCUUCCAAUCCAUUUGCUUCUCUACAGGGGUCUCACUUUGGGGGGAGUCCUUUCCAGCAGCAGCAGCCACAGUUGCAGCAGUCGCAACUGCAGCAGUCGCAGUUGCAACAGCCGCAACUGCAGCAGCCGCUGCAGCAGACAGUGGGCAUGCAGCAGACGUACCGUCCCCCAGGAGUACAGCAGCAAACGUCACCGUUUGGGGCUCCUGUGGGGGCCCCUAGUGGGGCCCCGCUGGGGGGAGGCUCUCUGGGCACUCCGGGAAGAGCUCCCGUUACGUCGACCAACCCCUUUGCUUCGAUGGGCCAACCCAACGGGUGGGCGGGGAGUGGAGGACCGCCUUUCACAGCGAAUACGUUCAACUCGACAAUCUGGCGGAAGCAACAGCGAGCGACGGCAGCAAUGUCUGCCACAGUAUCUGGAGAGCAGAGUUUGCUGCACCAGAAAAACCGCUAUGUGCAUUCAUCAGCAUGCUUCGAUAUCCGAUUCUAUGGGAGGCACAUGAAAGCACGCAAGCUACCGCCAUAG